AAUACCAAAGUUCUUCACUCGGGCUGAGCCUGCUCGAUACAACCCGUGUUGGAAAGAAAUCCUGCUUAAAACAAAAACCACUUUGAAAAUGGCGACCGCUCUGGCAAACUCAAACUUGCAAUCUGUUGACCGAGAAAAAAUUUAUUUAUGGAUUACUGAAUUAACAAAUCCCGAAACUCGUGAAAGUGCUCUUUUCGAAUUAAGUAAGAAACGAGAAGUUGUUCCUGAUUUAGCUCCCAUGCUGUGGCAUUCAUUUGGAACCAUAGCUGCUCUUUUGCAAGAUAUUGUUAGCAUAUAUCCAGCUGUAAGUCCACCUACGCUUACAGCUCAACAGUCAAAUCGGGUAUGCAAUGCACUUGCACUCCUACAGUGUGUGGCCUCCCAUCAAGAAACAAGAUCUGCUUUUUUGCAAGCUCACAUCCCUCUAUUUCUCUAUCCAUUUUUGCAUACUGUGAGCAAAACAAGGCCAUUUGAAUACCUACGCUUGACUAGUUUAGGAGUCAUUGGUGCUCUAGUGAAAACUGAUGAACAGGAAGUUAUAAACUUUCUUCUAACAACAGAGAUAAUUCCAUUGUGUUUGCGAAUAAUGGAAACUGGAUCUGAAUUGUCUAAGACAGUUGCCACAUUCAUUCUCCAGAAAAUUCUCUUGGAUGAAACAGGGCUGGCCUACAUUUGUCAAACCUAUGAACGUUUUUCUCAUGUUGCUAUGAUCCUUGGUAAAAUGGUUUUAUCUUUGGCCAAAGAGCAGUCAGCUCGUCUUUUAAAGCAUGUGGUUCGGUGUUACCUCCGUCUUUCUGAUAAUCCGAGAGCUCGAGAAGCACUGCGACAGUGUCUGCCUGAUCAGCUACGGGACAACACGUUCUCAACCUGUCUGAAAGAUGACAAAUCGACUAAACAGUGGAUGGCACAACUGCUAAAAAAUCUGGAAACUACUAACGGGAUGGUAGAUCCUCGAAUUGCCGGUUUGCCCUCCAUGACUCAACCAUAAAUAUCAAUAAGAAUGAAUGCUCUUGUCUUGUUUAAUGCGGAAAAUAAUCGAUCAGAAUUAUAAUACAACAAACUGUAUUGUUUUUUAUUGCAA